CACUGAGCCGCCAUAUUCCUUCUUUUCUCUAUUCCUGCCGUCAUAUGGCGUAGUGGUGCGUUCGUUUGUCCGCCAUAUUAAAUUAAAUCAAUAAAAUAAGACAAAAUGUCGCCUUACUAAGUGAGUGGAUUUAAUCCAUUAACAUCGAGUUUUUCUGUGUAUAAAACAUCAAGAGGAUCACGAUGGAGAAUUCCUACGGUGUCGGGGUGGUCAAUAGAUACGCUCUUUUUUUGGACGACGAGUCCGAUCCUCUCGAUGCGAUAAAAGCCCGACAGGAAGCGAAAGAGCUCAAGAAAAAGACCAAAGAGGCCGAAAAAGAGAACAAAGGUAAACCCGAGGCCAAACCCAAAACCGGCAGCGCCGUCCCCAGGAAGGGAAUAAAGGAAACACAAAAUGUAAAGUCCCAAGAGAUCAAGACCGGUGAACAGCAAAAGAACAAAGGUCCACCGAGAACGAACGAUCGCAACAGCGAGAGACCGCCUCAGCGCCGCCGUGAGGACCGUCCCCAGAACGGUGCCGUCGUCGAGGGCAAGGAUGGCGCGCGGCCACCCCGCCGGGAGUUCGGUGACCGCAAGCCCAAUUACGAGAGGCGCAACUUCAACGACAACCCCGAGGGUGGCGAACGUCGCGGGCCUCGUCCGCCGCGCGAGCCCCGCGAGGGCCAGCGCGGGCCCCGACAGGGCUACGACGGCCGCGGGAAACGAGAGUUCGACAGACGAUCCGGGUCCGACAAGACCGGCGUGAAACCGGUCGACAAGCGGGAGGGCGGCGGGCCCCACAACUGGGGGACCGUCAAGGACGAGCUCGACGAGAUAAACAAGACCGGCUCCGAGGGUGAAGUGGCGGAGGACAAGGCGACCGACGCGGCCGCGGCCGGCGCCGGCGACGGCCAGCAGGCGGACGGCGAGCGCGCCGCGCCCGCCGAGGAGGAGCCCCGCGAGCUGACGCUGGACGAGUACAAGGCGCUGCGCAACGCCCAGCGCAUGGCGCCGCAGUACAACCUGAGGAAGGCCGGCGAAGGUGAGGAUCUAAGUCAGUGGAAGAAUCUGGUGAAGCUGGAGAAGAAGAAGGAGGCGGAGGGCGGUGAGGACGAGAGCGACGACGAGUACGACAUCGCCGACUACCCGCAGCGCGUGGGCCGGCAGAAGCGCGUGCUCGGCAUCGAGUUCACGUUCAACGACACGGCUCGGCGCGGCGGCACCGGCGGCCGCGGGCGCGGGCGUGGACGCGGACGGGGCGGGCGCGGGCCGCCCCCCGGCCGCGAGGAGCCGCCGCCGCAGGAGGAGCGCCCGGCUCCUCGGAGCCAGGUAGCGCCGCCCAAGGUGGACGACAGCAAGGAUUUCCCCUCUCUCAGCUAGACUCUCAUCGAGUUUGUUUUCUCCCCUUUCGAAGUCGAUAGUUACAAAUUAAAUAUUGUAUCUACCAAUAUUUUUGAAGUAAAUAUACAAAAUAUUUACACAUAUUGUGUGUAUUGCAUUGUCUUUUUUGACAUGGACAUUCAUGAAGCUAGUGGUUUCGGAAUCUUUGAAGAGAAGCUGUAAAAUUAUAUCAUUCAGUGCACGGUCACGACAGGGGGAGGAUACUUAGAUUUUACUUUUGAGUAUGCAUAGCUACAGUAACGCAUAUAAGUCUUUCGAUAACAGUAGCUUCUAUUGUAUUGUAAUCACAGCUUAUUGUUUAAACUUGAGUUCUUCGGAUAAGGUUUUUAUCGUACCGACUGUGACAUUAAUAUUGGAUUAUAACUCCGUCACAACUUAGAGCAUAGUGAACUAAAAAGUAACCCUUGUUGCAUUUUUAAUCAUGAGUUUGUGGUGACAAAAUGCUAACUUUUAACUGUAAAUAGUAUAAAUGUUUUAAAGAUAAGGUCAUAUUUAGCAAGGUUGAUUUUUGUUGUUACACAAACUUAUUGAAAAUAAACUUUUUGUAUGUGUGA